AUGGAGGCUGGCGGCUUAUACACACCGCGGCCUAAGCAUCUGGGCAUCCUGCGCUCACCACAUACGCCGGGAACGGGCAGCAGCGUCCGUUUCGGUAUGCGUUCGUAUGAGGACGGAGAAGAAAGCCUCUUGACGGCAUCGGUGAGCAGUCGCACCGAUGAGAGCGAUGCUCGUCCACCCGCAGAUACGACGCUGGGUGGCGACUCGCUCGAUAUGAGCUUUACCGAGAGUUUCUUGCGUCGAGAAGUCGACGGCGCACUAGCUGGACUGGACUUGCAAGAUGAUCCCAAGACGCCCUUUCGGCAUCCGCCCGACUCAGAGGCGCCUAACACAGUGAAACCGCUCAAACCCCAAGACGUUGAGGACUCGCCGCCAUCGCCGCCAUCGCCCGAGGCACCUCCUUCUACGUCCCCCCUCUCGUCACCGACCAUUCGUCCCUCCCGCCGUCUCCCGUCUGCGGCGCCAAAUACGUCUGCCGAAACCUCGGAAGCACACCCCGACCCGACGUCUCCUCCGUCUGAGACAGUAGCGAUGCCGGCUGCCGAAGCGUCCAAAGACGCCGAAUCUCCAGAAGCCCUACCUGCUGAUGAAGUAUCGGAGGAGACCAAUCCUCUGGCAUCAUCUAUUUCGCAUACAGACACGAGCUACGGUUCCAGUUCCUGGGCCACGCCACGAAGUGCUCGAUCGCCCCACAGUCCAUCACAAUGGCCGGGCAUGUACGAAUUCAGCUACCUUUCCGACAAGGAGGCAUUAGAUGAUGUCGAUACGGGCCCCCUCGUGCCGUUCGCCGCACAAGAGCUCUCGUCCAAACUCUUUUCGAUCGAAACACUUGGUACGAUUGAUACGCGCGAACUAUUUGAUAUGAUCGCAGCACUGGAUCGCACCCACACAGAGCGCACGAUCUUUUUGCAGCAUCGCCUAGCACGGACGCAUCGCCUGGUGCAGAUGCUCCGUGCCCAGUUGCAGCAAGCGCACGACCGUAUUCACGUGUUUGAGAGUCACAUUCAGGCAUUCGUGCAACCAAACGACGAGAAAGAUGGUAGCGCCGCAUGGGAGACAUUGCAUGCUCUCACUGAGCGCCUAGAGGCACGUCUCGAGACCAUGCACAGGCUGCCACCGUCAUCGCCACCCUCACCGUCACCCCGGUCCCCUUUCGACGUCGAUGCCCUGCGCCAGGAACUUGAUGCUGAGCGAAAGCAAUUGGAAAAUGAACGACGCGAUUUAGAGAUUCGGCGUGCCGAACCAGGUAACAAUGUCCAAGACGAGGUCCAGAGGGCCAUUGAAGCGACACGCGAGGCGUGUCGUCGAGAUGCCGAUGUGCGUGUGCUGGUCGCGCGGCAAGAGGCAGCAGAAGCUUUGCGAGAAGUCCAGGCGCGCCUCACCGAAGCCGAAACACGGCCGACACUCGACGCAGACCUGGAGCAGGCUCACGAACGCAUUGCUGAACUUGAGCGACAUGUAGCUCGGGCAGAGGAGCAGCGUUCAUCUGAGUACCAUGUGCUGCAGACGAAAGGCAAGCAAGCUGAAGCGCGAUGCAACGCAUUGUAUGCUGAACUUGAUCGCUGCCAGAGAGAGCGUGACGAGAUGGAAGCGGGACUCAAGGCCGACAUGGGGACAUGGCAGCAGCGUGUACGCACGCUCGAACAUGACGUGGCGCACCGCGAUCUUCAGACUGUACAACUGCGAAAGCAGUGCGACCGCCUGUCGCAAGAGACGCACCACUUUUCUCUCGCGCUCGCAGCCAAGGACCAGGAGCUGAGUAUGCUCAAGCGCGGCACCAAGGGAUCGGCGUACUGGGACCUUAUCACGCAGCGCACACGACGUCCUGAGCGGCGCGCACUGCAAAAUAAGACCAACUUGCAUGCACGCUCGACGCAGGAAACCGUCGAUAUGGCGCAAAAAGUGCUUCGUACACAUCACAUGGUAGCUGAGUAG